GAACAGGGGCUCAAGAAUACACCAACAGGCGCAACCCAGACCCAAGCUGGGGAAAACGCUUUGGUGAACCUUUCUCCCUGCUGUGUUAACACUGACAGUUUGUCCCUCUUCACUCCGAGAAGGAAGCCCUCAAGUUCCGCGGUCGGAGUGGCUGCAGUUUGAUCCCGCGCUCCCUGGAAGGGACGGUCCGGGUAUUGCCAACGGUGGUCCCUCACUGUCCCCAUUUCUCCCAACACCUCAAAAUCUCACUCCUGGAAGCCGGGAGGGAUCCUAAACUGAGCUCAGAUUUGGUGGAGAGGGUGGGGAUGAGCAAAGAACAGCAGCCUAGAGGGUGGAGGGAUCCAGUGGGGUCCUGGGAAGGGGCAAGUGCUGGGGCUAGACAGUGGGCGGCGGUCUAGGAAAGAGGGGAGAGGUGAGGCCAUGCGGAGAAGCGGGAGGCUUAGUCUUGGGGAAGAAAAGUGGAAAAGGUGACUAGGGUGGGUAGGUCGCAGAAGCCGGGAGCGGAUCCCCACGCAGACUCCUAGGCUGUGCCCCAGGCCAGUUUCCCCUCCCGCCGCCCCUCCCCCUCCCCGCCCCUGGAGCUGCGGAGCGGCGACCCGAGCGCGGGGCUGGCGAUGGCGCGGGCGGCGGGCGCGCGGGGCCGGGCUGCCCGAUGCGGGCGCUGGCGGCGGGGCGCGCUGCUCGCCUUCGCCGCCUGGACCGCCGGCUGGGUGCUGGCGGCCGCGCUGCUGCUCCGCGCGCACCCGAGCGUCCUCUCCGAGCGCUGCACCGACGAGAAGAGCCGGCGCAUCCUGGCCGCGCUGUGCCAGGACUACCGCGGCGGCUGGCUCACAGGUGCCCUGUGCGAGGACCUGUGUGUGGCCGGGGAGCUGCUGUACCAGCGCUGCCUGUAUUAUGAGCGUGGCAAGAAGGUGCUGCAGGCCCAGUGGAGAGGCCGGACUGUGGUCCUCAAAUCCAAGAGGGAGGCUUUCUCCAGCUUCCCACCCCUCAAUCUGCUGGAGGAGGAAAUGGGGCCAGGUGCCCCGAGCAUCCCCGAGGCUGAGCUGCUCCUGAUGGUGGCUGGGGAAGUCAAGAACACACUGGGCCUGGAGCUGCCCAACAACAGCAUAGUUCCCCUGUGGCCUGCCAGGCAGGGCCCUGGCUGGCGGCAACAGCUGGCCAGUGCGUGGUCCCUGCUCCAGCAAGAGGAAUACGUGUACUUCAGCCUGCUGCCAGAUCUGAGCCGCCACAUCCUACCCGUGCUGGGAUCCUGUGGCCACUUUUAUGCAGUGGAGUACUUGGCUGCCGGUAGCCCUCACCACAGGGCUCUCUUCCCACUGGAUGAUGCUGGCCAGGCACAGGCUAUUAGCCACAUUGCUCUCAGCUUCCUGGACAUGGUGAGCCAUUUCGACAGUGACUUCUCCCACCGCCUCCACCUCUGUGAUGUCAAGCCUGAGAACUUUGCCAUCAAGAGGGACUUCACGGUGGUAGCUAUUGACGUAGACAUGGCGUUUUUUGAGCCCAAGAUGAGGGAAAUCCUUGAGCAAAACUGCACAGGAGAUGAAGACUGCAAUUUCUUUGACUGCUUUUCCAAGUGUGAUUUGAGGGUGAACAAGUGUGGAGCCCAGCGCGUGAACAGCAACCUACAGGUCGUCUGUGAUAAAAUAUUUCGACACUGGUUCUCCUCAACGCACAGGAGUCCUGCCAUCUCCCCCCAGCUUCGGCUGCAGCUACAGCAGGCUGUUCAGGAGUGUGCUCACCAUGGGGGCCCCUCUGGGAACUCCUGGACUGCCUCCUCCAGUGUGUUCUGGAAGCUUCGAUGGCUCCUGCAGGCCACUCUGAGAGAGCUGCAGGAGGAGAAGAAGUAGCAGCUUUCUUGCCUUAGUCAUCAAGAGUGGACAGAGGACGUGACCCUCAAGUGAUUUCUUCUGUUUUGGCUAUGCAAAUGUGCUGUCUGCGACAUUGACAUGGUCUUGCGAAGUGUGCGAUUGACUUCCCCUUCUGUGGCUGUGAUGUGGACCCCUCUUGCUCCUGCCCAGCUUGGUUCGAUCUUGGUUGGUGCUGACUUCUGUCCUGCCACUUCCUCAAAAGUGAGCAAAGGGAGGAGAUUCAGAGUAUUUGACUUGUGGAGUCACCAGUGUGCAAUCCUCUGCCUACCUUGCCAUUAGAGACAAAAGGAAGCUGCUCCAUGUUAGCCAUCAGCAAGUGAAAGUGUGAAUGUGAGCAUCCAGAUGAGUGUGUUUGCAAAUAAGUAUGUGCAUAUAUGUGCACCCAUGUGUGAACAUGUUUGUAUAUAUGAACGUGUACUGUGUAUAUAUGAGUACGUCCAUGUGUGUAAAUACACAUGGGCUUCUGUGUACAUUAGUGGAUUGCACAAAAGUCUCACAAUUAUGAGUGUUUCUGUAUGUGUGUAUACACACAUGAAGGAGUCAGUCUGCCUGUGAGUCUGUGCUCAUGGAUGAAUCAAUGCUGAGUAUACCCAGGCGUAUAUGCAUAUACAAGGGUGUAUACAUAUGGAGGUGAGUGAGUGUGUGGGCAUGUGGAACCUGUGUGGAGGGGUGGCUUUCUAAAAUGUGCCCUCUAGGAAUCUUGCUGGCAGAGAAGCAUUACUUUUCUCCUGUAGUUAAAUGCAAUAAAAAGUUGUGUCUUCAGGAGCAUGAUUUGCACUGGAGAGUUCGUGGAGUGGCAGCUUUUAGUGCUUUUCAUUUUGUAGAAUUUUAGGAGCACUUUACCACACGUUACAAUCUUCCUUCUAAGCAGGGACCACGUGACUGCAGAACGCAGUGUAUCUUGCCACCACAGAGACAGUUUAAGUAGAGUGCUGGGGUGAUCUCUGACUACAAACAACUGGGGAGCAGUGUGUUUGGGCUGAGACUAAAGACCUGGCCACGGGCAUCAGGCUAUGCUGUGGUGCCGUGUGCUCUUUGGUGGACUUGAUGAAGGUCUUCUGCAGUGGCCGACUCACACAAAGCAGGCCAAACUCUGUGUUGCUCCCCAACAGAGAGUACCAGGUGGAAGUAGCAAGCCUUGUACUCAGCAGGAUCUUGCUUAUGCUCAGAACAGGGACCUCUGGUUUCGCAGUGAACCCAACCUCUGCAAGUCACAGUCAAAGGGGACUCAAGCAAGAUGUGAUGUCUCGAGGAUUUGGAAGGUGCGCCAGUGGCUUACAAGGAGAAACAGACAAAAUUUGAAGUUUCAAGCAUGUACAAAAUGACAGACACCUCACCUUUUCCUCUUCACAUAGCACCUUUCCAAUCCAGAGAACUGUCGCUCUAACUCCCAUGGAACUCUUCUCAGGACUGUGCACCCAGGCUGCAUCCUGCUUACCCUGGGCAGUGACAUGAGAGGACACAGGACACCCAGAGGUCACACCAGCCCUGAUGCUAUGAUCCUGAAGGCUGUUUGGAGGUGCAAGUUUCCUGCCUUUCCCACCCCUCACCCCACCCACCAGAAAUUUGCCAGAUAAAGCUGACUUUCUUUUU